AUGUCCGCCCGGCUGACCGGAUCGGGGCUCACUCCAUUGGUUCGUUUGAGGCACCAUCAGGACAGGAAACAUGCCAAGGUACACGACCUUUCUUAUUGGCAGAAAAUAUGCGAACCGGCACAGUACGGGAGUGUUUUGGCAAAGAAAACUGUGUUAAGUGACCGUCCGAUGAAGGGAUCUCGAGACGACGUCAAGACACGAAGUGAAAAAUGGACGGACAACAAACUAGGCGGCGGAGCGCCGUGA